AAUUGUCAUUCUUCUUAAUAAAAUAUUUGCUUUCACCGUAAUGGAUUUUAAGCUAUUCAGAUUAUUCUUCUUGGUCGUCGCCUGUGCAACCAGGGCAUCGUCACAACUUUUCGGACAAGAUGACGGGAUCGGGAAGACUUUGGCAGUUUGCGGGGGAACGAUAGAAUCCGAUUCGGACAAGAUUACGUAUUCGGUCUUAAAUCAGGGCGAAGUAUGCAUUUGGGUGAUCCAUCUCCAGACUCGGAUGGGGUUCCGGUUUAACUUUUCGGAGUUCGAUGUAAGCUCGGAUUUUACGGAUUGUCGAGAUGGUGGUAUCAGAAUCUAUGCGUUGACAAAUCUCGCACCGCCGGAUGAGUCACAGAGCUAUGCGUAUUGCAACAAUCACCCCCCACCGCAAGAAUUCUUUCUGGGAUACAGUAUCGCCGUGGUAAUUUUGCACGUUGGGUCGGAAAAUUCGUCGCCGGGAUCCGGAUUUGAACUAAACUGGUCCGGAAGUUCGGUUGAUCCGCUGAGAACGAAGCACAUCUCGUCCUACUCCACAGCACCGGAAGGACUUAUCAAAUAUCCUGUAGUUGGAGCUUACCCAACCAGCGUUGCUGCAACUUGGCUGGUAAAACCUCUAUCCGCCCAAAGGCCGAUAAGUGUCGACCUGUCCAUCAGUCAGAUUGGGUUGGAGGAAUGUUCUUUAGAAGGUGGGGAAGAUCCGUGUGCUUGCGACUCCUUAAUCUUGUAUCAAAUUGGAACCGCGGGAUAUUUAAAUGAGACGAGGAGAAUGUGCGAGGAUGAGGCUGGAAUAGACUUUUAUAAUUUGGAGAACAGGUUUUUACUAGCGUUGUUUACGGAUUUGGAAGAUUUGGCGGGUGGGGAUGGAUUCAUGGCGAUGUAUUAUCCAAGUCAAGACAUUACAACGACCGUGUGGCAAACAACUACGCUAUCAACUACAAUUACCACGGAACAAACUACGACCGAUGAACCAACUACUACCACUGAACGAACGACGACCGAAGAACCAACUACCACCACUGAACGAACGACGACUGAAGAACCAACUACUACCAGUGAACGAACGACGACAGAAGAACCCACUACUACCACUCAACGAACGACGACAGAAGAACCAACUACUACCAGUGAACGAACGACGACAGAAGAACCAACUACUACCACUGAACGAACGACGACAACAACUACGACCACGACCGAAGAACCAACCACUGUCGAACCAGAUUCAAUAUGUGGCGAUGUUUUACUAUCCGUGGAUUACUGGAGAUAUAUUAUGUACAAACGUGAAACGUUUCAUGAUCCUAAUGAACGUUGUACCUGGACAAUUAAUAACAGACGGCACACGACAAUUACAUUUGAACAUUUGGGAUACAUAUCUGCAAGUGGAGUCAAUGUGUACAUCAACACCUUCACGAACAGAGGGGUACCAUUAUUGACAAAUGAUAAAAUAAAUUCUUCCGCCAACGAGUAUUCUAAAACAGUGCUUGGAUCCCUCGCAGUUGUGACAUUUGCCACGGAUGCACAGUCUAAUUUUGGGGGACUAUAUCUACGAUUCCGUUCAGGCGGGCAACCUCCUAAUAAUAUUUCUCUUUCGUCUGUUGAUAGACCUUUUGCAAUAAAUGGAUCGGCCAGCAUCCGGCAUCCUUGGGGGCCUGAGGUUUAUUACAGCUACGAAUUUUCAAGUAUCCUUGUGAACAAGUACCAUCGUAUGUAUGACGGUGAAUAUCUUGAGUAUUAUUUCCACGAAUACGCUUCAGGGUCAAUGCGCGACGAUUUUGCGGACGUGUAUUCAUUCUCGUACCAGGACGGAUGGAAUUAUGACAGCCGUCUAUCCACCUACCACAUAUUUCAACGGCGUGACAUGGUUCUGGUAUUGUUCAUCUCGAAUAAUGUUUAUGAGGGGACGGGAUUUCAGUUACGAAUUAAUGCGCCUGGUACCUUCACAACGCCUGAAGUAAAUACCACGACCGAACGCACUACGACGCCUGAAGAAACAACGACCACAGAACAAGCUACGACGGCUGAACCAACUACUACUACUGAACGAACUACGACCGAAGAACCAACAACUAUGUACGAAUUGCCAACGACCCCAGGAACAGAAUCCAGAUGUGGCGAAAUACUAGGAUCAAGCACUGCUUGGAAAUAUAUUUACUAUAGACAUACCGCACCCCAUGACCCGCAUGACCGUUGUACCUGGACAAUUGACAACAGGCAGCACAGCACUAUUACGUUCGAAAAUUUGCAGGAUUUACCGAGUGACGUUUAUGUUUUCAUCAACACCUUUACGAAGCAGGAGUAUCCGUUAUUGGUGAAUGACAGAAUAUACUCAUCUACCGGCAACUACUCAAAAACAUUUCCUGGGUCCCUCGCAAUUGUUACAGUUGCGACCGGACCACAAUCAAACCUUGGUGGCAUAUUUUUACGUUAUCGGUCUGGCGGACCAGCCCAAAAUAUUUCGUCUUUCUCUCGUGAUAUAACUCGUAGCGGAAUAAUGUGGCCCGAGGGCAUCCGAUAUCCUGCGAACACGGGUGAUUAUCCUAACAAUUAUACAAACAACGAGUUCUCUAGUAUCCUGAUAAACAAUAAGUACACUGGAAAUCUGGACUACGAGUACCGUGAAUACAGUCCAGGAUCAAUGUUCGACGAUUUUGUGGAGGCGUAUACUUUCUCUUACCAAAAUGGAUGGACAUACUACCAGCGAUUUACCAGAGAUACGCAACUUUUCAUACUAAAUGAGUUGGUCUUAUUCUUGUUCGUCUCGAACGAUGUAAGCACUGGGAGGGGACUUGUUAUAUAUAUUGACCCGUCCAUCUACACGACGACCGAAGCACCAAUAAUGAGCAGAAAAUGAUGCAGAUAACCGAACUGAUUUCGAGAAGUGUAAAUUAUACAUGUAUUUGAAAUAAACCGCACCAAACGCACAUAAAGAAGUAGCUUCAGCGUCUUAUUAGAGGCGACUUUAUGAAUUCUA